AUGGCACCAAAAGCUAAGAAGCCAGCACGGCAGGACGAAAAGCUACAGGCGGUAGUAUUGACAGACUCGUUUGAGACUCGUUUUUCCCCAUUGACAACCACCAAACCAAGAUGUUUAUUGCCAUUGGUCAAUGUACCUUUGAUUGAGUACACCAUGGAGUUUCUUGCCAAUGCUGGUAUUUCAGAGAUUUUUCUUGUUUGUUCAGCACACGCUGAUCAAAUACAAGAGUAUAUUGAGAAAUCUAAAUGGAGUGCCACCGUCAUCUUGUCUUUGGAAUCACGAUCAAUUGGUGACGCCAUGAGAGAUAUCGAUAACCGAGGCUUGAUAACUGGUGAUUUCCUUUUAGUUACUGGUGACAUUGUUACAAAUAUUGAUUUCAAAAAGGUGUAUAAUUUCCACAAGACCAAAAAGGAGCAAGAUAAGGAUUACAUGAUGACAAUGCUCUUGACUCAUGCUUCACCAUUGCAUAGAACUAGAUCUCACAUGGAUCCGGCGGCAUUCGUUUUAGAUAAGAAAACAGACAAGUGUAUUUACUACCAAGACAUGUCCAAGUCGUCAAUCGAUAUUGAUCCGGAAUUGAUUGAGGAUGUGGACGAAUUUGUCGUUCGAAAUGAUUUGAUUGACUGCCACGUUGACAUUUGUACACCACAUGUUCCACAGAUUUUCCAAGAGAAUUUCGAUUAUCAAUACCUAAGAAGUGAUUUCUUACGCGGGGUCUUGACAUCUGACUUGCUAAGGAAGACCGUUUACACAUUCAUAAAUCAGGAGUAUUCCGCUAGAGUGGAGAGCUGGGGUACUUAUGAUGCAAUUUCCAAGGAUAUUUUAGCAAGAUGGUGCUAUCCAAUGGUCCCCGAUGUCAACAUAACUGAUACGUCGUACAGCUAUGAAUUCAAUAACAUCUACAAGGAAGAAAAAGUUUUACUUGCCCAAUCUUGUAAGAUUGGUACGUCUGUUGCCAUUGGAAGAAACUCCAAAGUGGGCGACGGAAGUAGCAUUAAGAAAUCAGUCAUUGGAAGAAAUUGCGCUAUUGGCAAAAAUGUGUCGAUAUUGAAUUCAUAUAUUUGGGACGAUUCAGUAAUAGAGGAUGGCGCAAUUAUAGAGUCCAGCAUUGUUGCAUCUUCAGGACACGUUAAAGAAUCCGCAAUACUUUCCAACAGCGUUAUAGGCUUUAACGUUACUGUUGAAUCAGGUGAAAUUGUAACCAACAACAAAAUCUCCAAGGACGAUGGAGUUGAAAUAGAGGGGAUGCUAUCACGUCUAAAGCUCCUUAAUCGCUCAGAUGAGUCAAUUACUUCAGUAACUAAGAAAAAGAAGCGUACACAUUCACGUACCAGAAGGUUUUCAUCCAACUCCAUGAUGUCUGAACCCGAAGAGGAUUUCAGCGUUGAAGGUGUGGCAACAGUUUGUCGAGCAAUUGAAAACAACCAUGAUAUUGACACUGCCCUAUUGGAAUUGAACACUUUGCGUAUGUCAAUGAAUGUCAACUAUCACGAUGUGCGAAGUGUCACCACAGAGGCAAUCUUGAUGAAAAUAGUUGAUUUUGUAGCCACUGAUACUUUGAAACCGCAAGAAGCAGCAACUAAAUUGUUUACCCACUGGGGGAAAAUGUAUCGCCGUCAAACAUUUACUGCAGAAGAGGAGGUUGAUUUAUUGGCCAUAUUGGAAGAGCAAAUUGCCGAUUUGGACCCUGAGUAUAAUCAAGUGGUGCUCUUCUGUGCGUUGAAAUCAUUGUAUGAUUUAGAAAUUGCUGAGGAAGACAAUAUACUCAAAUGGUGGAGUAAAGGCGAUAAAGAAGCUCAAAUCAGAGGAUUGGCUGGUAAAUUUAUCAACUGGUUAGAAGAAGCCGAGGAGGAUAGCGAAGAAGAGGAAGAAGAAGAAGAAGAAGAGGAGGAGGAGGAGGAUGAGGAUGAGUAG